UGGGACACCCCUCCAAAUCAUUGGAUUCAGGUGUUUCAAUCACCCUUCAUGGCCACAGGUAUAUAAAAUCAAGCACUUAGGCAUGCAGACUGCUUCUACAAACAUUUGUGAAAGAAUGGGUCGCUCUCAGAAACUCAGUGAAUUCAAGCGUGGUACCAUGAUAGAUCGCCACCUGUGCAAUAAGUCCAUCUGUGAAAUUAACUUGCUACUAAAUAUUUCACGGUCAACAGUUAUUGGUAUUGUAACAAAAUGGAAGCAACUGGGAACAACAGCAACUCAGCCACGAAGUGGUAGGCCACGUAAAAUGACAGAGCGGGGUCAGCCCCUGCUGAAGCACACAGUGCGCAGAAGUCGCCAACUGUCUGCAGAGUUAAGA